GGGUAAACCAUUUUGAUGUUAUUAUUCCAGCUGUUCAAAAACAAAAUAAUGGUUAUGAUUGUGGCCUCUUCUCUAUUGCAUUUAUGACUGAGUUUUGCUUCAAUGGGUUCAAUAGGACAAGUAGAGUCGUAUUUGAAGAAAAAGAAAUGAGAUCACAUUUGGUAUCCUGUUUAACAGAGAAAAAAAUUAUUCCCUUUCCAAAACAGACUAAGAAAAAAUUAAAAUUAUCCAAAGUUGCCACAUCAACAUUCCAAGUAAGUUGUUUUUGUCCAUGUGGCCAAGCUGAUGUAGUACAAGAUAUGGUUGGCUGUGAGUUUGUGAGUAAAAAGCAUGAAUGUCAAACAUGGUAUCAUAAAAAAUGUUCUAAGCUUAAGAAAGUUUCAAAGAAGAUGUAUUGUCCUGAUCAUUAAUUGAUAGUAGGCAUGCUCAUAUAAGUAGGUUGGCAGGUUACAUAGAUGUAUUUUAAAACUUUUGAAUUUAGAUUUUAGUAUGUUUG